AAGAAAGUAAAUCCAAAAAACUGACAAAACGUCACCGCUCAAACCCAUCACUCUCUCACACACUUUGUCUUAAAACUAUUAGUUAGAUUGCACAGAGAAAUGUCACCACCGCCACCGCCACCUCGAAAUCGCAUUCACACUUUCCUCCUCCUGCUACUGACGCUGACCUCACCGGCCACCUCGCACACCCCCACAACAACAGGCCAACCACCGCCAUCAUCAUCCCUCUCCGAAUGGCGAUCCGCGCACGCCACAUACUACGCAGCAUCCGACCCACGAGACGCCGUGGGCGGAGCAUGCGGGUACGGAGACUUAAACAGCGCUGGUUACGGAAUGGCAACAGUAGGACUGAGCGAAGCAUUGUUCGAAAGAGGACAGAUCUGUGGGGCUUGUUUUGAACUGAGAUGCGUUGAUGAUUUAAGGUGGUGUAUUCCGGGGACUUCUGUAAUAGUUACUGUUACUAAUUUUUGUCCGCCUAAUUAUGGAUUCACUAACGACGGCGGCGGUCAUUGUAAUCCUCCGAACCAGCAUUUUAUUUUGCCGAUUGAAUCUUAUGAGAAGAUUGCCAUUUGGAAAGCUGGUAAUAUGCCUAUUCAGUACCGCAGGAUCAAAUGUAGAAAGGAAGGAGGAAUCCGAUUUACGAUAACGGGAUCUAGCAUAUUUGUUUCAGUGCUGAUCAGCAAUGCGGCGGGUGCUGGAGAUGUAAAUGCAGUGAAGGUAAAAGGUUCAAGAACAGGUUGGCUUCCAAUGGGAAGAAAUUGGGGCCAAAAUUGGCAUAUUAAUGCUGAUUUAAAGAAUCAGCCUCUCUCAUUUGAAGUUACCAGCAGUGAUGGUGUCACAGUUAUAUCGUACAAUGUUGCCCCUAAGAAUUGGGACUUUGGACAGACGUUUGAGGGCAAGCAAUUUGAGACCUAGUGUAAUGGUGCGAAGGCAAAUCAUAUAGACAAAACCAUUUUUUGUAUGCUAUCUAUUAGAGAGCAAGUUAUUUUCAAAGCAGGAUAUAAUGUUGUAAGAGCUACACAUGUUAAUAUAAUGAUCAAAUCUGGGUUUUCUCA